AUGGUUGAUAAAGGCUGGAUGAAAUGUGCGCGUACUUCUGUUCAAUACUUAGAAGGUGUAAGAUCAUUUAUAGAGUUUGUGCGUGAAAAUGCUGGUGGCAGGACGAAGUUCUCCUGUCCUUGUAACAGUUGUAAGAAUGGUAAAGGACCUCUGUCUCUAGGUGAAAUUGAUUAUCAUUUGGUCAAGAAUGGUAUCCAGCUGACCUAUACAUUGUUGCGUUUCCAUGGGGAGAAGUCACAUGAAGGUAAACCCAAAAGUGAUAAUGUAGGAGUUGCAGUUGACAACGUAGGAAUUGGAUACAAUCUAGGAAAUUCAGCUGACAAUGUAGAAGUUUUUGCUGAGAACAAUGUAGAAGAUUUUGCUGAGAACGUUAAUCCCGCUUGUAGUGUAGAUGAGAAUGUUGGCAUACACAAUAGGGUUCACGAGGAGACUAGUAGUAGCAAGAAAAAAAGAGAUUUUUAUGAGCGUGCUAGAGAACCUUUAUAUCCCUCAUGUUCUAAGGAAAAUACACCACUGUAUGCUGCUAUUAAACUAAAUAACAUAAAAACCCAAUAUGGGUUUUCUGAAAAUGGUGUCACUGCACUCUUAGAAUUGUUUAAGGAGUUGCUUCCUGAUGGAAAUACACUGCCGUGUAAGUUCCAUGAUGUAAAAAAGUUGAUACAAGAAAUGGGGAUGGACUACAUAACCUAUGAUGCAUGCAUCAAUGAUUGUAUUUUAUACUUGAAGGAUCAUGCAUCAUUGGUUAAGUGUCAUGUGUGUCAAGAACCUAGGUAUGAGAAGGUCUUUAAUGACGAGAGGAAGCUUACGCGAGUUGCUCGCAAGACAUUAAGACAUUUUCCAUUGAUAAAAAGGCUGCAAAGGUUAUAUAGUGUACCAUGGAUAGCAGAGGCAAUGUAUUGA